AUGGCUCACUUACUUGCACUUGGAGCUGCUACAUAUCUUGGGGUUGUAGCUGCACGACGAGUACAUACAGCUUAUGGUCAGACAAAAGAAGAAAUGUAUGCUCGACAAGCAAAUCCGAAUUAUUAUAAUCAACCAUAUAGCAAUUAUCCACCAGAACAGAGUUAUCCACAAUAUUCAGCCGCACCUUAUCAUCACAGUUCUCAUCAUGGACAUUCUUAUAAUUAUCGUUAA